AUCAUAUGGCAAGAGAUUAAGGCACCCGUAAUAUAAACCACAUCAGAUUCAGGAAAGUAUUGUUCAACUUACUGCCUUAUCAGGCUACAUCAUAUGGAGAGAGAUUAAGGCACCCGUAAUAAACCACUUCAGAUCUAUUAUAAUACAUACAGAUAUGAAAGUUUAAUUUAAAAUUUACGGUAUAAGAUAUGGCAGCUCUCAAUGAAUGGAGAAACAAAUAAGACUGAUAUGUGAACAAUCCAAGUUAUUCUAUUUAAACGUAGGCACUGAUUAGGACUAUGAUUCUUUAGUAUACAUUUGACUGAAAGAACAACAAUGCUGCUUUGUGGUCCAGCAUAGACUGGUCAGCCCAACCUGUGACAUCACAUCGGUCAAAAUCCUCCAAGUCUAGCAAUUCAAGCCACAACAUAAAGAUGGAUGUCGAUGAUGAUCUACAAUGUCCAGUGUGUUUAGAACUAUAUUCUUAUCCAAUCAUCCUUCCCUGUUCGCAUGUUUUAUGUCGAGAACCAUGUGCUGAACACCUGUUUGAUUUUAAUUUUAUUCGCUGUCCUGUGUGUAGGGAUAACUGUUAUGUUAGCGGAGGAAUUAGUAGUCUGCCAAGAGUUCUAGCCCUUGAAAAUAUAAUAUGUAGAUACAAAGAAGACCAGCAGAAAGGAGAGAAAGAAAAACAAAAAUCUUCUUCACCUGUAAAGGAAGAUGUAGUUCAACCAAUUAUAGAACAAGUUGCAGAAAAUCCUAUUUUAUGCCAGCAUUGUGAUUCAUCACUGAAAAAACUUGCCAAAAAAUCUUGCCUUGAUUGUUGUUCCUCAUACUGCAGCAGGUGCUUUAGACAUUCUCAUCCAUCCAGAGAGCCAUAUUCAAGUCAUGAAAUAGUGGAACCAAGGACAGAUCUCAUUAAAAAGACUGAACCUAUACAGACGUUUUCUCAUUCAGGAAAGUGCUCAUUACAUAAAGAGAAAUUAAGUUUAUAUUGUUCUGAAUGUUCACAGUCAUGUUGUACUAAGUGUAAUAGUAUGGAGUGCCAUAGAGGACAUAGCAUAAUCUUGAUUGAAGAUGCAUAUUCAGACUUGAAGAUUUCAUUAAAUAACAGUUUAUCCAAACUAGACACCAGUCAAGCACAUGUAACAACUUCAUUAAAAUGUCAGAGAGAUAACCUAAAGGAUAUGCAGCAAGCUAUAAAUAGAAGAAGAGAUGAAAUUAAUAUGCAUUGUGAUGCAUUAAUGGCAGAAAUAGAAAAUAAAAGGAAUUUUUUCCUUGCUGACCUUGAAUAUGAAGAAAGAAUAAGACAAAAUGACAUGGAAGACAUGGUGAAAGCCAUUGAAAGAAUACAGGGGUCAUCUCAAGCACUACAAAACUUUGCUAAAGAACUUCUCAAAGAAAAUGUCCCAGAAUUCCUAGAGGAGGCCUGUUCCUUAAAUGACAAGUUACUUAAAGCAAGCAUUGAUUGUCAAAGUGUUCAAAGUCAGCAGAGUGAUUUAGAAUCCUUAACAACAAAAGUUGUGGACUUUAGACGAGAGAAAGGUGUACUAAGAGACCUUCAUUACUUGUCUGCACCCAUGACACCAAUAGUUGAUGUAAGUCGGUGUACAAGGAGUGAGGACUGUGUAGUACUUGUUUUAUCAGCACCACAAAGUAUACAUGAUGUUAUUGAUCAGUAUGAAAUUCAUUAUUGUUCUGAAGAGCAGAAGUCUCUUGAAAUUGAGGAAACUGUGAUAGUGAAGAAUGUACCAGAUGACAGACUAGUGGCCAAGGGCCUGCCACACAAUAAUGCCAAUGUAGUUAUACUGCUAGACAACCUGUGUAAAGGGACCACAUACUAUUUCUGUGUUAGUGCUAGCAACUUGGCAGGGAAAUCCCCUAAUUCUGAAGUGGUGCAAUGUACAACUUUGAUGCAUAGUGAAAGUGUUAUACCAGUGCCUGUGAUAGUUGAAAGCUUAUGUCGCCAGUUUACGUCCUCAAUACAAGUGUACAGCUCAAGUCCGCAGGACAUCACAGUGGACCAACAAAUAUCUCAUUUUCUCUUAUACAGACCAUUAGGUCAGAGUAGAGCAUGGAAAACCAUUCCUUUAUAUGGCAGACAAGACCAUCGUGUAUUUGGAUUAGAGUCUAGCAUAGAAUAUCAGUUUGUAAUCUUAGGGUGUAAUCCUCGAGGGGAAUGUCAAAUAUCAAAUAAAAUUGUACUGCAGACAGAACCUACUACAUAUUGAUGCAGUAUGAUUAAUGUUUUUUUGUAAUUGAAAGGCACAAAUACCUUUUAGGAUAACUUGGCUGUUAAUUAACCACAAAAAAAGAUUGUGGAGAAUAAUUAUUGAUCACAUUUUUCCCAUGCUGAAGAUUGUGGGGUGUAAUUAUUGAUCACAUUUUCCCCAUGCUGAAGAUUGUAUCAUUUUUAGAAAUAGAUAGACUAAUUUCAACACAAUUUGCUAAGUUAAAGGUUUACAAGUUUAACGUUUACAAAAACAUAAAUAUAUAAUACUUUCAGCUUUUUUACUCUAAAUUAGACAAAUUUUGAAAUACGUUUUUGUGGGGGGUUAGAUUUGCCCAAAAAAAGAUGAAAAAAUUACUGAAAACCAAUAAUUUGUAUUAAUUCUGUUUGUUUUGAUUAUGUAAAGUCAUAUUGUUGAUGUUAUAGUAAUGUGCAGAUCAGACGUUUUGUAACUUUACCAGAAUUCCAAAAUCAGAUUAGAUAUCAGAAUUAUCAGACAUAGGUUUUGUUGAUUAAUUUAUUUUCAUGGGCACCAAUUUUCAUGAAUUGAAUUUGAGGGAAAUUUGUAUUUUCGUGGAUAUUUGAUUCGUGGUUUUGCCGAAGUUUGCAUACAAACCUAUUAAAAAUGUAUACUUUGAUGAACCUUUAAAUUUGGGGUGCACAUUUACCCCUGAAAUCCCAAAAAAUUGGUAUCCCAAGGUUAAUAAGGAACCCACUGUAUAAUGAUAGUUAGCCAUACCAUUUUCCUGACCUAGAAAAACUGUCUUCCUUUAUACUAAAUUUGACGUCAUUUACGCAUUUUAUUGGCAAACUGGAUCCCAUCAUCCAUGAAACAAGGUCAUUGUGUCCACUUAGAAUUAUUUAAACGUCACUGCAUUCCUAUGUACGAUAUUCAAUUUUAUCAUCAGAAUAUGUUUAUUUUACCAUUUAUUACAUUUUUUUAGCCAAAAUAUGGAGAUUAUGACAAUUAAGAUAUGCAUUCAUUCCUUUCCUCAACUUAUUGACAUCCAAAUGAGGUUGAAAAAAGUCGUCGUAAACCAAAUUAUUUUGAUGGAAUGAUAAUGAUCGAAAUCAAGUGUAUUUGUGGGGGAACUCAUAAGCUGUUUACAUUUAAGUUAUUUUUUUAGUUGAGAUCAAUCCUGAUAAAUGGGAGAUAACUCAAAUGAGAACCAUCUUCAAUUGCCUAUUGCAAGUUUGAUAAAUUUGAUAUUUGAAAGUAAAUUAUGUCUUUUCUCCAGAUACCUGUAGAGAGUAUUUAUAGUUCAUGUAGAUGUUUUGUUCAAUAAUGGUGCUAUUAGUGAAUCUGGCUUGGUUCAGUUAUUAAAAAAAUCUCGUUCCUGCAUAGGAAUUGUCAUAUUUACAUUGUUUAUUUAAUUAUAAUAGUUCAAAAGGUUUUUAUUUUACCUACAACAAAAUUAGUAGCAGAUGAGACAAUACUUGUCAAUUUAAGUAUCUGUUGAUGAUAUUGUUAU